CAUUCGUCGAAAUGAAACGUCGCGGAUUGCCAGCGUGGCAGUCCCCUUUCCCCUAUAUAAAUUUGCAUCUGCAUCAAAUUUCAAAAACCAAAUCAAAACAAAAUUGAAUUUCCCUCCAAAACCCUAACAAUCGUUUCAGAGAAAAAAGCUCGUAACUUUCAUCAAUGGAAGCCACGAAAGCAGCCAAGGGAGCCGGAGGAAGGAAAGGCGGAGAGAGGAAGAAGUCGGUGACGAAGUCCGUUAAGGCUGGGCUUCAGUUCCCCGUGGGUCGUAUCGCUCGAUUUCUCAAGAAGGGAAGAUACGCCCAACGUACAGGUACCGGUGCUCCCGUCUACCUAGCUGCUGUUCUUGAAUAUCUGGCUGCUGAGGUUUUGGAAUUGGCUGGAAAUGCUGCACGUGACAACAAGAAGAACAGGAUUAACCCUAGACACGUUCAAUUGGCUGUGAGGAACGACGAGGAGUUGGGUAAAUUGCUUCACGGUGUUACGAUUGCCAGUGGGGGUGUUCUUCCCAAUAUUAACCCAGUUUUGCUACCCAAGAAGUCUAAGGCUGCUGAGUCGGAGAAAUCUGCACCCAAAUCUCCCAAAAAGGCCUAAAUGGAAAAAUUAGGGUUUGGUUAUGUAAUUAGGUCUUGACAUUUCCCCUUUUGGUUCUUUGUUGGUGAAAUAUGUAAUGGGAAUUUACUCUAUUAAUAUUACUAUUAUAAUAUUUUCUUUUCUA